AUGUCACAAUUAGACACAGACAUCCUCAUCAUAGGCGCAGGCAUGUCCGGCCUGAACUUCGCCAUCCGCCUCCAACAACUCUACCCCCAUAGCUCCUAUCGCAUCGUCGAGUCCGCGUCUGAUCUUGGCGGUACCUGGUCUGUGAACACCUACCCAGGAUGUGGGUGCGACGUCGCAUCGCAUUUCUACUCUUUCUCUUUCGCCCUGAAACCGGACUGGACACAGAAAUUCGCACUGCAGCGGGAGAUCCUGGAGUAUUUCCGCGAUGUCGCCGAACGCUACGGUGUUACGAGACAUAUUGAAUACGAAUCAGCUGUUCAGAAGGCCACAUGGGAUGAGAACUAUGGGGUUUGGGUGGUCGAGAUCUUAGACAAAAAGACUGGUGUAUCUAGGCUAGUUAGGAGUAGAGUGGUGGUAUCUGCUGUCGGGGCAUUGUCGAUUCCAAAGAAAUGUGAAAUUCAGGGUGUAGCUGAGUUCAAAGGGAGACUAUUUCAUUCUGCGAGGUGGGAUCAUGACUUUGACUGGGCUAAUAAAGAGGUUGUUGUCAUUGGAAACGGUUGUAGUGCAACCCAAUUUGUCCCAAUUCUUUCUAAUGGUAGCACUAAAACAAACUACAUCGUUAUUCGCAAAGCCGCUAAAAAAGUCACUCAAUUCUCGCGUCAACCGCACUGGAUCGCCGAAAGGCCGAACCCGGUCUACUCAUCCCUUUUCAAAUGGAGCAUGCGAUAUAUCCCACUUGCCAUGCGUCUCUAUCGCUUCUGGCUGUACGCAGACAUGGAAAAGGAUUUCUUCGGGUUCUAUCUAUCUACUGGCGGCAAAAUCCGCAGAGAUCUAACAAACACACGGAUUGAAUAUAUGAAACGCACAGCGCCAGUGAAAUACCAUGCUGCAUUAACUCCGGCCACAGAGAUUGGAUGCAAACGCAAAGUCAAUGAUACGGAUUAUUUUGAUUGUUUGCAUAAUGAUAACAUGGAGCUUGUUUGGGAUGACCCCGUGACGACGAUCACGGAGACGGGUGUCAGGACGAAAUCCGGGAGGGAAUUAUAUGCAGACGCAAUAAUCUUGGCUAAUGGCUUCGAGACUCAGAAAGUUUUGUAUCCACUAAGCUCGGAGAUUAGAGGCGAGGGUGGUGUUAGCCUUGAUGAACACUGGGAUAAGCUCUCCAAUGGGCUCCCUCAAGCCUACUACGGCACCUGCGUCUCCUCCUUCCCCAACUUCUUCGUCAUGAUGGGUCCAAAUACAACGACUGGCCAUCUCUCCGUCAUCUACUCCACCGAAUGCCAAGUAAACUUCUGUCUCAGAGUCCUCAAACCCAUUCUCCAACGCCGAUCACCCCUCUUAUCACGGACCCCGCAACUGGACAGCGUCUGCGUUACACCCGAGGCUGAAAAGCGGGAUAAUGCAUGGAUUCAGAACCUUUCGAAAGAUCUCGUCUGGUCCUCCGGCUGCACGAGUUGGUACAUCGACAACAAGAGCGGGAGAAAUACGAUGCUAUAUCCGGAUUGGCAGUUUAAGUACUGGUGGCGCAGUGUUUUUGUGCCUACGAGUCGCGAUUUUGUGUAUAGGAGAAGUGUGAAGGAUGUUGGUGGCUCUGGCCCGGGAGAGAAAAGGAAUCGGCGUAGCUCGUGGAAUGGUGUGGUUGUUUUGGCUUCGGUCGUAGGGGCUGUGGGCUUGGGUACGGGGAUUGCGUUUGGAAGUGUCAAGAUUAGCGGUGAUAUUGAUGAUUUGUUGAAGGAUAUAUUGAGUGAGCUUAAGGGGGUGCGGGAGAGUGUUUUAGGUUCUUUGAAGAGUGUAUUAUAG